AUGUCAACUUACUACAAGGUUCGUAAACUUGGCCAAGGAGGAUUUGGAAAAGUAUACUUAAUUAAAAAUUCAAAUGGAAAACAAUAUGCCUUGAAACAAAUUGAUUUAUCAGACUUGAGCUAUGAAAUGAGACAAAAAACUCUUUCAGAAGUAGUAAUACUCUCACAUCUGAACAAUGAUUUUAUUGUUAAACACGUUUCUUCAUGGACAGAGGGAAAUAAUUUAAACAUCGUUAUGGAUUAUAUUGAUGGAGGAAACUUACGCGAAUUAAUUUCUAGACAAAAUGGACGUCUUAUUGGUUUAGAUAGAAUUUGCUAUAUAGCUAGACAUAUCAUAAAUGCAUUACAAUAUAUUCAUGAUCAUCACAUCAUUCAUCGAGAUCUUAAGCCUGAUAAUAUUCUUUGUUCAAGCUCUGGCAAUAAUUUCUAUCUUAGUGAUUUUGGUCUCGCUAGGCCUCUCACUAACUAUAGUCCAUACGCAGUUACCCAGUGUGGCACUCGGGGAUAUUCAGCUCCUGAAGUCCUACUUGGAUACCCUUAUAAUGAAAAGGCAGAUAUAUACUCAUUUGGCCUAAUCCUCUAUGAACUAUGUACCCUCAGACCAUUUUACGAAGGCAAAAGAGGAUUGGAUAGUCAAUAUGCACUAAUAUUGCCAUGCUGUCUCCAAACCCAAAUGCUCGACCAUCAAUCGAUCAAAUUAACGCACAUCCAUUAUUUUUUGUAG